ACUUUGAACAUAGAAAAUUAAAACGGAUUCUUAUUCAUAUGCUAUUUCUUCCUCUUCUAAUUCUUAUUCCUCUAGUUCUAUUCCAUAUUCCACAUAUACACAAAAAGUAAAGAAAAACAAACCAUUACCUUCAUAUCAUUCCUCACUUCAUGGAGUUCGUAGGCUCCCAUUAAAACCAAUGACCAAACAACCAAUCGCGCCAUUGCCACCAACACCUCCUAAAAUCUACAGAGUAGAACCUAUUAAUUUCAAGGAAGUCGUCCAAAUGCUGACUGCUGCACCUGAGUUUCAAUCCAACUCUAGUAAUUCUAGCUCUGUUUCUGGUUUCAGUUGUGGCUCUGGCUCUGGCUCUAGUUCUAGUUCCAGCUCGAGGCGUUUACAAGAUGUGGCUCCUCCUCCACUUGAUCUCUCACCAGUUUCAUUAUCAAGAAAUAGCAUUGCUGAACAAUGGCGAGAGUUCCUUCGUCCUUCUUCCUCUUCAAACAACCAAGUUGAAUCAUUUAGCACGACAUGUAAUAACUUAACAAAUGAAGCACAAGAAAGAUCACAUGUAACGCCCCGAAUUCCAUCAGAGAAUUAUUUUGGAUCAUGCAGUCCUUUGGCUAAUUUCGCUUUAUCGCCUGCUUCUUUUGCAUGGAGCUCUUCUCUUCUUCUCAGCCCUAGCACACUUACUUCACCAUGCGCCGUUCUUUAACUCAUUUGCCAUUGCUUCUUCUACUCAUUCGAGAGUUUGUAACUUAUUAUUGCCUGUUGUUUAUUAGUGCUAAUAUUUACUUGUGGGUGAUCAAGAAUUUGAAUUUAAAUGUCUAGAAAGAGAUCACAAUUCAAAUAUUUGAAGCUGCU